UAGAAAAUUAAAUAAUUUAUUUAAAGGGAACUUCUGAUGCUUCUUAUACUGAACCAAUAGAUACGGAUACCAUGAAAAAUGCUCAAAAUAAUAUGGGAAAUCAUUCCAAUAAUGAAAUAAAGGAAGCAGAAAUAAAUAACUCCGGACAAGCAAAAACAUCCACAACAUCUUUUGAAAUCUGGUCUGACUCGGAAAAUGAAGAACCACAACCGGAACUUGAAAGUAUAUUCAAAACAACUUUGGAGGAAGCCGAAAAUUCUGAAAAAAAGAAGUGUUAUAAAGAUUCGAAUGGGACUUUAGUUUGUGAAUGGAAUGGAGGCAAAAAGUCUGAGAAGAAUAAAAGUCAUGAAAUAAUUGAAUUGGAAAAUGAGAUACACUCAACAACAUCAGAAAUUCAGCCUGAACCUGAACCGGUAGGUAUCAGGGUGACAUUUUACUACUUUAUGGGCAUUUGUCGCAUUUUUUUGACGUCUCGCUCCUUUUUUUGA